CACACACUCUUCAACCUGACGCAGUGUGUGUCUGCGUGUGUUUGUGUGUGUGUUCUGCUCUGACUCCAGUCCAGCAGUCAGAGCACCAUGAUGGAGGAGGUGUCCGUCAUGGCCUGUGAUGCCCGGGCUGUGGACCAGAUGAGUGAGGAGGAGAUCCUGGCCUGUCUGGUGGCUGAAACUGGGCCCAAAUUCACGGUCCCCACAAAGAAAGCCAAACUGAGGAAGAGCUGCCUCCAGAUAAUGGACGACGAAGAAGAGGACCAGUUGGACAAAUACCUGAAGGAGAACCGUCGCCUUCAGCAGGUCAGCCUUUGUCUGGAGCAGGAGAACGAUAACCUGGCCUACAGACUGAUCACCGGCAAGAUCGCCCUGAGGAACGCCCUGGACACGGCAGAGGACAGAGCGGAUGAACUGAGCAGAGACCUUUUACAAACCAGACGUCGACUCCAGGCCACAGAAGAUGAGAUGAGAGGGAAGGAGGAGGAAGCUGCCAUGUUAAAAGAAGUAUUUCGGAGAGAGAUGGACAAAGCUGAACAGGAUGUGAAAAGGUCUUCAGGCAUCAUCACUGAAUACAAACAGAUCUGUUCUCAGCUGACGAAGCGUCUGGAGGAACAACGGGCUGCUCACAGAGAGGAACUAGAUUCACACCAGAAAUCAGUGAAGGCCUGCAGACGCUGCCGACACGUUAUCGAGUCCGUGAGCGCAGCACCAUCAGACCAGGACGAGCACGGAUCAGCAGAAGGUUUUACUACAGAAGAACAAAACCAGGAUAAGGACAACAAAGACCGCAGAAAGGUGACAAAAACCAGAGUGGACCAGGAAAAGGAGUCCCUGAGAGCCCAGAUAAGGGAUCUAGAACAGGAGCUGGCCCAGACCAAACUCCAGGUGGUGGAGGCCAAGUGUAAGAUCCAGGAGCUGGAACACCAGAAAGGAACCCUGACCAACAAUCUGCAGGAAUCAAAGAACAGCUGGUUGAGUAAGGCUUUCACCUCUCUGCGCACAUCCAGUGGAAGACUGAACAGCAUUAGCAAUCAGAGGGACGCCACACCCACCAAAGCCUGGAACCUGCCUCGGUAAAGAAACUCUGAAAAACUCAUAUGGAGUCCAAGAACAUCGCAUGUGACCACUUUUCAGCCAGUGUCCCUUUUCCCCACUCCCCUCUGGGGGAGGGACUACUGUUUCAGUUGUAGCCACCUGCAGCCCAAGGAUGAUGAGAUCUGAGAUGGACCCCCUCAUGUGCCUCCACCCUACUGCAUGUUUACAGACUGGAACUACAUCUGUAAAUGGACGUCCAUCAGUCCUGGUGCAUCUACAGCCUGUCUGUCCA